CGGUGUUCAGAUGAAUCGAAGGACGAUUCGUACGUCCCAAAAAAUUUCGUGAACUGAUAUACAGCGACUGUAGAUUGAUCGAUCCAAUUACGUAAUAAUGAAAUACGAAGGUGCCGCAUUGUUCAUUUUCCUGAUUGUCCUGAACGAUGAGGUGUACAAUGGACUCGUCGCGAGCCAAUUCAACAAUCCCACCUUCUUUAUGAUCGGCGGCGUGUUUUCCAAUAACGAGAGCAAAGAGUAUUUCAAAAAGACACUGAACACUCUGAACUUCAACUCGAAAUAUGUCCACAAGGGAGUGACCUAUAUGCACACAGUGAUCGAAAUGGAUUCCAACCCAAUUAAGACGGCGUUGAGCGUUUGCAAUUCUUUGAUAGCGAAAAAAGUGUACGCGGUGGUGGUGUCUCAUCCUCUUACAGGAGAUCUGUCGCCAGCCGCUGUUUCUUACACAAGUGGAUUUUAUCAUAUACCAGUUAUAGGUAUAUCUUCGAGGGAUUCAGCGUUCUCCGACAAAAAUAUCCACGUUUCCUUUUUACGAACGAUACCGCCGUACUCACAUCAGGCGGACGUAUGGGUCGAAUUGUUGAAACAUUUCAACUAUAUGAAAGUGAUCUUCAUCCAUAGUUCGGACACGGAUGGUCGCGCGUUGCUUGGAAGGUUUCAGACGACUUCACAGAACUUAGAGGAUGAUGUGGAGAUCAAGGUUCAGGUAGAGUCUGUGAUAGAAUUUGAACCUGGUCUUGAUAGUUUCACGCAACAGCUAAUGGACAUGAAGACCGCACAGGCCAGAGUCUGUCUCUUGUACGCCUCAAAAACAGAUGCGAAUGUGAUCUUCCAAGACGCAGCAGCGUUGAACAUGACCGGCGCAGGAUACGUUUGGAUCGUGACGGAGCAAGCCUUAGAUGCGCCGAACGCACCGGAAGGUCUUCUCGGCUUGAAAUUAAUUAACGCGGAGAAAGAGGAGGCUCACAUCGAGGAUAGCCUGAUAGUACUCGUAUCCGCUUUACGGGAGAUGAACAAGACGAAUGUGAUCACGGAGGCGCCAAAGGACUGCGGUGAUUCUGGAUCCAUAUGGGAAACCGGCAAGAGUUUAUUCAAAUACAUCCGUGAACAAGUACUAUCGGACGGUGCAACGGGUAAAGUAGCGUUCGACGACAAUGGAGAUCGCAUUUAUGCGGAAUAUGACAUCAUCAAUAUUAAGGAGAAUGGUAAUCGAGUCUCCGUUGGACAGUACUUUUACCCGGCUAAUGGUACCAAAAUGACGCUGAGCGUGAAUGAGUCGAACAUAACAUGGCCUGGCCGAUUGCAAACAAAACCAGAGGGUUUCAUGAUUCCUACGCACUUAAAAGUGCUCACAAUCGAGGAGAAGCCGUUCGUCUACGUCCGCGAGAUUGCAGACGGUGAACUCUGUCUUCCAGAAGAGAUUUUCUGUCCCCAUUUUAACAUCACCGAACAAGAAAGUACGCGUUCAGAAAAUAUGUUCUGUUGCAAAGGGUACUGCAUAGACUUGUUGAAAGAGCUGUCCAAGGCCAUCAAUUUCACCUACAGUUUGGCUCUGUCCCCCGAUGGACAAUUCGGCAGCUAUAUGAUCAAGAACAGUUCAGGUGCGACAGUAGAAGCAUGGUAGAACAGUCGAAAAAAAGAAUGGACUGGACUGAUCGGAGAGCUGGUAAACGAGAGAGCAGAUAUGAUUGUCGCUCCUCUGACGAUCAAUCCGGAACGCGCCGAGUUCAUCGAGUUUAGCAAGCCUUUUAAGUAUCAGGGAAUUACCAUUCUUGAGAAAAAGCCAUCAAGAUCCUCGACCCUGGUGUCGUUCUUGCAACCGUUCAGCAACACCCUGUGGAUACUGGUGAUGGUGUCGGUGCACGUAGUGGCUCUAGUUCUGUACCUCCUCGACCGGUUCUCGCCUUUCGGGAGGUUCAAGCUAGCAAACACUGACGGUACCGAAGAGGAUGCCCUGAACCUGUCCAGCGCCGUCUGGUUCGCCUGGGGAGUUCUGCUCAACAGUGGAAUCGGAGAAGGUACUCCACGGAGUUUUUCUGCUCGAGUGUUGGGUAUGGUAUGGGCAGGAUUCGCGAUGAUUAUCGUUGCCUCUUACACUGCCAAUCUGGCCGCUUUCCUGGUGUUGGAACGGCCAAAAACUAAAUUGACUGGCAUUAACGAUGCUCGACUCAGAAACACCAUGGAGAACCUUACGUGCGCCACAGUGAAGGGCUCCGCUGUGGACAUGUACUUCCGUCGACAGGUUGAACUGUCCAAUAUGUAUCGCACAAUGGAAGCAAAUAAUUACGACACUGCCGAGGAAGCUAUCAGAGACAUUAAAAUUGGGAAACUUAUGGCUUUUAUAUGGGACAGCUCUCGCUUGGAAUUCGAGGCUGCUCAGGAUUGUGAAUUGGUAACUGCUGGUGAAUUGUUCGGUCGUUCUGGUUACGGAAUUGGUUUGCAAAAAGGCUCUUUAUGGGCGGAUGCUGUAACCCUCGCUAUUUUGGAUUUCCAUGAAAAUGGUUUUAUGGAAAGUCUCGACGACCACUGGAUCCUUCAAGACAAUAGACAGCAAUGUGAACAAUCUGAAAAUACACCGAACACUUUAGGGCUGAAAAAUAUGGCUGGUGUUUUCAUAGUGGUCGGGGUUGGAAUUAUCGGUGGUAUAGGGUUGAUCAUUAUCGAAGUGGCUUAUAAAAAGCAUCAAAUUCGCAAGCAAAAAAAGAUGGAACUAGCGAGACACGCGGCCGACAAAUGGAGGGGAGCGAUCGAGAAACGCAAGACACUGCGAGCUUCGAUAGCCGCCCAAAGGAGAAUCCAAAGCAAUGGGCUAAACGAUCCUACGACUGUGAGUUUAGCGGUCGAUACAGUAGCUAGAUCGAACGUCGCACCGCGAAGUCCUGGUCGAGCAUGGCCGGGGGACAGUGACAUUCGUCAACGACCAAUUCCACGUACAGAUGAUAUCAGAUUAUCGCCGGUCGCUUACACAGCAAAUGUUUCACAUCUCAUAGUGUGA